AUGCGCCGCACACGAUGGAGCUCCUCUCUCCUGCCCCUUGCUGCCCUCCUGUGGCCAGCGGGAGCCCAAAAGACACACCGCAACUAUUCCACUCCGGUUGACGACCUGCUCGACGCGCCCUUCUCUCUGUACGAUGACCGGCCAGAUGGUUGCCCCCCGUGCUUCAACUGCAACCUGGAAGACUUCGCCUGCCACCAGUUCGCCCCGUGUAGCAAGGCGAAUGGAAAAUGCACCUGUCCACCUGGGUUCGGGGGGGAAGACUGCUCCGAUCCAGUCUGUGGAGGGCUGUCUGAUGGCAAAGACAGAUCGCCCCGACAGGACCGAUACUGCAACUGCAAAGAGGGCUGGGAAGGCAUCAACUGCAACGUAUGCAAGACUGAUGAUGCGUGUAACGCUAUGAUGCCCGAAGGCAAGGACGGCGUCUGCUAUAGAGAAGGCCUUCUGGUCAAGGAGAACUACCAGAUGUGCGACAUCACCAAUCGAAAGAUCCUCGACCAGCUCAAGGAUCAGAAGCCUCAGGCAACCUUUUCUUGCACCCAGGAGAAUGAGGAAUGUAACUUCCAAUUCUGGGUCGAUCAGAAAGAGUCGUUCUACUGCGCUCUGGACACGUGCGUCUGGAGUGCCUCCGCCGAGACCAACCGCAACACUACACAAUACAAGUGCGAGAACGUCAAGUGUAAAUGCAUCCCGGGUCGGAUGCUCUGCGGAGAAGAGGGCUCCAUCGACAUUGGAGAAUUCUUAGCCCAGUCAAUCAAAGGCCCUGCCGAAUUCUCGUCAAUCUCGACCGAGGGGGGUAGCAAAGAGGAUGGUAGCAUUUUCUCUGAGCCGGCAAUGAAUGACCUGAUCUCGAGCGUUUUCGGCGACACGAGUAUCUUUCUCAGUUGCAAUUCUGGAGAGUGCCUGCACAGGACGGAGUUGCCAGGCUACGAGCGCCCGGUCAAGAAGAUCAACACGCCACUGAUUGCAGGCGUCAUCGCGGGCUGCUCGCUUUUCGUCGUCGCCGUAGUUCUCACCGUAUGGUAUCUUUCAAGGAGAGCCGAGAGGAGGAAAUGGGGCGCCAUCCACUUGUCUGACGACGAAGAAGAUGAGAAUGCCAAACUGCUAGCGGACCAUAAACCAGCUGCGCUCUAUUUCCAGAAUGUGGCCUACCAACUGAAUGGGAAGCAGAUUCUUUCUGGUAUCACUGGAGCUGUACACCCGGGCGAACUGUUAGCCAUUAUGGGAGCAUCAGGCGCAGGAAAGACAACCUUCCUUGAUAUCCUUGCCCGGAAGAAUAAGAGAGGUGCAAUCAACGGGGACUUUUAUCUCAAUGGCGAGAGGGUCAUUGACGACGAAUUCAGGAGUGUCAUUGGCUUUGUCGACCAAGAAGAUACUAUGCUUUCCACGCUCACCGUACACGAAACCAUACUUGACUCUGCCCUUCUCCGACUUCCAAAGGAGAUGAGCCGCACAUCCAAAGAGCAGAAGGUUGAGGAUGUGGAGAAACAACUCGGCAUUUAUCACAUCCGGCACCAGGUCAUCGGUUCCGAGGAGAGCGUACGAGGUAUCUCCGGAGGCGAGAAGAGGCGUGUUGGGAUCGCCUGUGAACUUGUCACAAGUCCAAGCAUACUUUUUUUGGACGAGCCCACGAGCGGUUUGGAUGCGUUCAACGCCUUCAACGUAGUUGAGUGUCUGGUCAGCCUUGUGAAGAACUACAAUCGGACCGUCGUCUUCACGAUCCACCAGCCACGUUCCAAUAUCGUCGCAUUGUUCGAUCAAUUGAUCCUUCUUGCGAAGGGAAGGACAGUGUAUUCCGGCCCUUUCUCGAGCUGUCAACCAUACUUCGACGAUAUCGGGUAUCCUUGUCCUCCAGGGUUCAACAUAGCGGAUUAUCUGAUAGACCUCACCAUGCACGCUGGAGCAGCUCAUCCACCUAUCGACGAAGACAGUCCUAUGUUUGCCCGGGACGGGCUUCGUACCAGCGCUAGUAGCGCUAUUGCCGUCAAAUCCAUACCUAGCAUCUCCAGCAUUGGAGCUGAGGCUACCGGGAGCCCUAGCGUUUCUAGUAUUCGACCUAAGGGCAAGCGGCGGACCUCAAUCAAGCAGCAGCAGGAGAGGGAGCUUUUCACGAGGAAAAAGAGCAACGCUCCACCAGAUGGUACGACUACCCCAAAGAAUGAUGAUGAAGUUCCACUGCUUGAUCCGCGCGAGAGCAACGUUCAGUGGCUAAAAUUAUCCCGUCAACAAGGUGCACCUCCUCCUCAGAUUCUCGAAGAUCCCGACGAGCUUCCUCCACCAGCGAACGGGGGCACCGGAACAAACCUAGACACUCUCGUGGUCGCAUACGCCACGUCCGACGUAGCUGGAUCACUCCAUGACGAUAUCUCGGACGCUAUCGCCAACGCAAACGAGGCAAACGGGACGCCACCUGGCGAAUAUGCCAACGGCGUAGCGAUCUCCGGCAAAGUGAAAGGAUUCCGCAAGGUUGGCUGGUUCGGACAAUUCGCAAUUUUGUCCCUUAGGACAUGGCGCAAUCUGUACAGGAACCCUAUGCUGAUGCUCACGCACUACGCGAUUGCUAUCGUUCUUGCCGUAUUUCUUGGGUUCCUGUUCUAUGGCCUCACAGACGACAUCAAGGGCUUCCAGAACCGGCUAGGUCUAUUCUUCUUCGUGCUAGCUUUAUUUGGCUUCAGUACGUUGACCGUUUUGACCGUCUUCGCUCCAGAGCGCCUUCUCUUUACUCGAGAACGAGCGAAAGGAUACUACUCACCGGUGUCCUACUUCGCGGCCAAAGUGCUUUUCGACAUCGUGCCAUUGCGUCUGAUACCGCCUAUCAUUCUAGGCGCGAUCGUGUAUCCUAUGACUGGUCUGAUACCAGCCUGGCCAGAAUUCUUGAAGUUCAUCCUCUUCCUCGUUUUGUUCAAUCUGGCCGCCGCUGCCAUUUUCCUUUUCAUCGGAAUCGUGUUUAGGAACAGCGGAGUAGCGAACCUGAUUGGUAUACUAGUCAUGCUUUUUAGUCUCCUCUUCUCGGGAUUCUUCCUCAAUCAAGAAAGUAUCCCCAUCGCUGCUAAGUGGCUUCAAUUGCUUUCGAUUUUCCACUAUGCCUUCGAGGGCCUCAUUGUCAACGAAGUUAAAUACCUCAGUCUCGUCGACCACAAAUAUGGACUGGAUAUCGAGGUUCCAGGUUCUGCUAUCCUUAGCUCUUUUGGAUUCAACGUUCUAGCUUUGUGGCGCGACUGCAUCAAUCUCGCGGUAUUUGGGGCGAUAUUUGUCGUCCUAGCUUAUGCUGCUAUGCAUAUACUUCUGCUUGAAAGGCGGUAA